AAUUCCAUGUUAUCCAUGAACCACUCAAUCAAAUUGGUCGUGCUUAUAUGACCAAAAACUUUGAAUUUUUGAAUCAAACUGCAUUACCUAAACCUACUGAUCCCAUCACUUUUGUACAUUAUUUCUCGCCUGCUCUUAAUGAAAUCCUUUCCUCACAUUACUAUAAUGAUAAUAAAUUACAUACCUUAAGAGUUUUUGUUAAAGAUCAUGCAUCCAACUUUUUAGAAGCAUUUGAAGGAAACUUAGAAGAAAACCCAUUAGGAUCCAAGGAAAUUCUUUCAAAAUUUAAAUAUACGUUUAUAAUUAGAAAUCCAGAAAAAUCCGUAAAGUUAUUUUAUGAAGCUGCAAAUUCUACAUGUAAAGCUUGGGAUGAAGCCUAUGUACCUAACUCUAAAAGAUAUGCCAUUUUUUUUCCUAAAAAAGUUUGGCUCAAAGAUUUAAGGAUUCUUCAUGACUUAAUUAAGAACGUAACUGGAGAGAAGAUAGUAUUAGUAGAUGCUGGUGAUUUAGUUCGAGAACCAGAGAAAAUUUUGAGAAAAUAUUGUGAGAUGAUCAACAAAGAGUUUAAGAAAGAAAUGCUUGAAUGGAAAAAAGAAAGGUUGAAAAUAUGGAAUUUAAAAUUGUCAGGACCAAAUAUAGAUUAUUUGUGGCAUAA